GUUCCUUGCAACUAGAAGCACGACUCUUACAAUGGCGCCAAGCAGAGGAUUCCAGCGAUCAUCAUAUCUCAACUACAACGUCAGAUACUACAUAUCCCAGUCGUAUCGAACAAUCGAAGCGUGCCCAUCAUGCCUCCACCAACGCCGUCCCUUCACCACCAGCCCCCCAACUCACUCCGGCCACAACCGCUGGUCCAAAAUCAAACACGACAAACUGAAAACCGACGCCGCCAAGAACCGGGCGCGCUCCAUCUUCGCCCAAGAAAUCGCCACAGCCUCCAAACUCUUCGGCCCGGAGCCGAACAGCAACGCUCGUCUUGCCGAUCUGAUCACAAAAGCCAAACGCGAAGGCUUCGCAAAGACCUCAAUCGAAGCCGCGAUCGCGCGGGGACAGGGUCGGAGCACCAGUGGUGCCAGUCUGGAGAGCGUCACAGUCGAGGGGAUUCUGCGGAAUAAUGUGGGGGUGAUUGUGGAGUGUGAGACGGAUAGUAAGCUGCGGACGCUGGCAGAUGUGCGGUUGAUCAUGAAGGAGAAUGGGGGCAGUGCGACGCCGUGUAGUUAUUUGUUUCGGAAGAAAGGGCGGAUAGUGUUCGAGGCGAAGGAGGGCGUUGGCGUGGAGGAGGCGCUUGAUGCCGCGCUCGAAGCGGGUGCUAUGGACGUUGAGGACGAUGGGGAAGGCAGGAUAGUGGUUUCGACGGAGCCGGAGGAUACCAAGUCUGUCGGCGAAGCGGUGGCGAAUGCGCUAAGUCUUCAGAUCGCGACGUCCGAGAUUCUUUGGGAGCCGAACGAAGAGACGAAAGUGGGCGUGCCCGACGAGCAAUCGGCGCAGGAGCUCAGUGCUUUCCUUGACGAUCUAGAAGAGCGUGAGGCGAGUCUGCAAGCUGUGGCUAUGAACGUCGCUCAAGGAAGCCUGGAGGACGCGGCGUGGAAGGACUUGCAGGCCCGUUUGAGUAGUUGAAAUAAUGAAUUUGCUACGCAAGUCUGUCCAAGAACAUCCCUGUUAUUGAAAAGGUUCUCGCGCUAAUAGGCUGUCCGACUCUGCAUCGCUUAUUACUCCAUAUAAAAGUUCCUACGCGGCUCACUGCUCCGAGUUAGCGGACGUUCUCCAAUCCAAAAAGACUUACCAGCUGCAAGAAUGUCUUCCAGCUAGCUGAUGGGUGAAGCUCCAGCUUGACUAUAGUUUCGCCCGACGGCUGAAGCAAAGGCCGAGAGAGUUCGAAGCGCAUCUGCUGUACAUGUUUGUGAG